AUGCAGAAAACUUCAGAGGAAAACAGGAACUUAAUGAUCCAGCUUCAACAAUCAAGAGAAUCAGAGAAGAAUUUGCAGGCCGAGGUGCGUUGUCUCGAACAGGCCUUGAAGGACAAAGAACACACCGAUGCCCUUGCAGAAGAAUAUAAGAAUAUGUUAGCAGCUAAAGAAAGAGAAAUCGUUGGUUUGAAAGUAAAGCUAUCUGAUUCUCGGAAGGAAAGACAGUUCUCGAAUCCGGAGUUUCAGAAGGGUGGCGAUGCACAUCUGAUCAGAGAAAUCGAAGCCUUAAAAGUGAAACUAGAGGAGUUAGAAACUGAUUGCAACGAGCUGACCGAUGAGAAUCUUGAAUUACUACUCAAGAUUAAGGAAACAAAUGGAGUUGCAGUAAGUGAACAAAAGUCAGAAAUGCUUCUCCUGGAAGAGAAACUAAAGAAGAAAAUUCUCAGGGAGAUUCAAAGUGAUUACAACAGCUACAUUCAGGAACUUGAAACUCAAAGAAUUGGACUUGAAGCUGAAGUAACUGAUGCAUCGGCUGAGGAGUUGAGGAAGGACAAGUCACAAUUGGAAGAGCAUUGUGCUCACUUGGAGGACAAAAUAAGGGAGUGCAGCAAAAAUAUUCAAGUGUUUGAUGGAAAUCUGACUUUGGUCAUGAAAGAUUUCACAUCAGAAGAGCAGAAGCUAACAUUGGGGUUGGAUGAACUUUAUGAUAAAAGCAUGAAACUCGAGGAAAAACUCAAGCUUGAAGAAAUCUCCUGUAAUAGAAUGUAUUCUGAGAAGAACGAUGAACUCGAGAAUCUUCGACAAGAGUCAGCUCUUGAAGAAGCCAAAUCUAAACUGAGCCUUGCAGAGAGUGAAUUCAAGAAAAUGGAAACUGAAGCUAAAUCCGAAGUGGAAGACCUGUUGGUCGAACUCGCAGCCUUGAGAGAAAACCGGAAAACAUUGAUGGCGGAACACAAAAAAGCUUUGAAGUUGUUGGAGAGUUACAAGUCAACAGAAGUAUCAGAACAAUCUAACAAUAUGAAGGUUCAGCAGCUGAAGAUAGAAAAUCUUGAGGAUGACAUUUUGGCUUUAAGAGAUGAACUCGUCUCGAUUAAAGCUGUGAAACAUGAACUCAAAACUUCAUUGCAUCAAUUAUCCAGAGAAUGUGAUGAUCUGAAGGCAAAGAAAAAUUACUUCAUGCAGCAGAUUUCUACCUUGCAAAAGGUUGUUUCAGAGUUGGAUGUGUACAAACAUGAAAAAGUAGCCUUGGAAGAAAAACUUGUGCACCUGGAAGGCUAUCUCGCAACAAAAGAGGCAUUAUUAAAGCAGGAUGAAAGAUUAAAAAUGAGCUUAAUAAGAUCAAGAAGACAAACACUCCAGCAGCAAAUAAAACAGCUUCAAGAGGAGAAAGAUGAGUUUCCGAUAAAAGCUGAAACCCUUGAAGAAAAUUGA